CACACAGACCUCACAGGAAACUCACAACUCCCCAAGGCCCGCACACACUCACUCAGAGACCCUUUUUUCCCAGCUCUUACACACUCUUGCAGGGGGACGCUCACACCGGCUGCGCUGACCAGGGAGGAUGGCUGCUUCCAUGUGGAGAAUGAAUGGGCUUUGGAGAGGGGUGGCUCUAGCCCUGGUGCUCCACAGUCUAUUGCUCAAUAAUCGGGUGAUGUGUCAAGCUGAUGCCACAGAUAACCCUGCCUCUGGCGACAGUGUUGUAUCAGGGACCACGGAUGCCAGUGCAGCAGAACAUCAAGACGCCACUACUGCAGGUUUACCUGGUGAUGACAGCGUGGCCACACCGUCAAUCGCCGGAAACACUCCUGCCACUCCUUACCCUAAAGCUAGUUCAGGCCCGGUGCUUGUUGUAAGUGGUACCCCCACAGUACCAAAUGCUGAUAGUCAGGCUGGAGCAGAGACCUCCGGCACCUCUUUGACCACUGCUGUCUCUGCUGAUUCGAUCGAUUUUGAGACCAAGGCUGCUGAAGCCAUCGAUCUCCCAGCUGUCCUCAGCAUUGUCCCUGAAACACAGGCUCCUCUUCAGCUAGUGGUGCCUAAGGUGAACUGUGUCGAAAAGGAAGCUCUCGACGAAAACACUGCAAUCAAGGCUGUAGUGACAACAAACGACUGUGAGGAAACCAAAAGGCUCAUCCAAGCUAACCCUGCAGCCUGGUGCCCCAAGGAGCUGUGUCGUCUGGAUGUCUUCCAGGAGGAAAACACAAUGCUAGUGUCCAGUCCUGACGCUCAGAUGAGUUCUUUGGUUGAGGCACUCCAGGGUGAAAAUAUCAAAGGCUCGCUGGGAGUGUCAGAGGUUGAAACGCCUCCAUCAUCGUCGGGUUCAUCUGUGUUCGUGGCGGUGCUGCUCACCGGACUGCUCCUGGCAGCUGCACUCAUCGGAGGCUACUGUCUGAAGACCCGACGUGGUUCCGACGCCAAAGGGAUCAGACUGGCGGAGGAGUCCUACCCGGUGGACGUGGAGAACCAGGGGAACACACUGGUCUCUGUAGCCCCACUCAACCCUCCCCCUGAAACCCAGGAGAAACCCACCGUCAACGGAGACUCUCCCGAUGAGGCCAAGACCCAGCCUCCCCCCACCAACGGCCACUCCACUGCCAAGACGGCGGACACGGAGUUGUGAAGAGGACAACGGUUAGUCGCAGAGCAGAACCUCACACACUCACUCAAAACAGCUCCACCCCCCACCCCCCCACCCCCCGAGUCUCCUUCCCCUUCCAUCCGGUGCCACUGAGGGAGCCCACGACACAGUGGACGUCAGGGAAUAUCCGGAACAACCCUCGGCUCCCACGCCGCUCCCUUCAUCACGGCCCCUUCACCUCGUACACUGUCCCAUCUGCCUCAGCAGUUUGUCAGGAGGAACAAUUGUAGUCGGGCGACCUAAUACUGUACCGAUGAUGAUGAUAAAUAUUAUGUUUAUGCUAUGUUGUAUUGGGUAAUGAUAAUGACUGUGGUUAUGAUAUGACUAUAACGGUGCCAAUAUGUCUGAUGAUUGAUGAUGAUGAUGAUCCAUCAUCAUCAUCCUCAUCAUAAUUGCGAUUAUAAUGACAACGAUAAUAAUGACGAUGUUAACAAUAAUGAUGAUGAAAGCGCUGUCACUGCUUUGUUGAUGGCAGUCAGGCUGGAGGCAGGAGACGGGCAACUGGGAGGGGAGUGGAUUCAUUUGAUCAUUAACCACCGCUGGCUCCCUGGAUGACUGAAGCCUGGAGACACAAGCCCCAGGCCGCCAGUGCCCGGCUGGGCUCCCGCACGUCAUCACAUAUAAGCUGCAAGCAAACCCUCCGACAGACAAAAAGAAAAAAAAGCUAGCACAAAGUUUUAAAUCAAAAGUUUCCUUCAUUUGCUGCAAGGCAACGAGAGAGAGAGAGAGAGAAGAAGAAAAUCACAGCUUGGACUCUGUUUACAAACUUCUCAGAGAGGAAAUCCAUAGGGCUCCGAUCUCCUUUGAUUGACUUAUUGAUUGAUUUUGUGUGUGCGUGUAUGUGUGUGUGAGUGAGUGGGUGUGUGUGUGAGUGGGUGGGUGGGUGUGUGUACUGUUGCUUUUUCGAAAUUGUGUGCGUAUAUUUUGUUCGUUUGAAUUUGUAUGAGUGUUCCUGUAUGUUUGCAUUUGUGUGUGAAUGUGUAUUAUAUGCAUGCACACACUUGUGCAUGCAUAAAUGCAUUGCAUAAUGCAUAAUGUGCAUUUCUACAUGCGUGUGUGUGUGUGUACUUGUGUCAGCACUGUGCUUAGACUGUGUGCGCCCGUGCACACAUCUAGGCUUCUCUUACUUACCUGUGUGCGUUUGGCAGUGACUGUUUGACUUUACAAGUACGUGUGUGUGUAGCAUCGUUGAACAUGCAUGUGACAUUGGGCAUGAAAACUGUACUAGUUUAUAAGAUGGGUUGACAAGGUGAUGGCUCGCAGACGGCCCCUGUGCAAGUGAAGAGCAAGUUGGGGAGGGACGGUCCAAUUCUGGCGCUUUAAUCUCGCCGCCACCUGGCGGAGAUGAAGCCACGCGGGGACUCGCCGCUUCAUCACCGCAAGCUGAACUUAAAAGCUGCACUGAGAUCAGUCGCACGCCGACAGGAAGACACCCAGCCUCCACGUGGGCCCCGAAACCAUUAGACUGACCAACAGACUCACAAAGAGGCCCGCGAGGUGCUGCCCAGUGUCCGUCUCCGUCGGCUCUGCUCGUCCUUUUCGUCAGUGUUAGGCUCUUUUUUCUUCUAGUAUGUAUGCGCUUGUGAAAUACCAGUAUUCUUUUGAGCGGCGGUGUGUGAAAUGGUGGUUUUGUUGUUUUUACUCAUCUCCUUUUCAUAUCGUGUACUCACACCUGCUCCCUUCCGUGCCGAAUAAACUCAUUUCGUAGCUUCUCUUCUGAGGAUAGGACAUAGGACAUGUACUUUCGUGGCACCUUGACAGUGUUAGGCCUAAUGAUACAGUAGAGUAAGGGUAGAUAUGGUAGAAGAAGAAAGAAAAAAAAAACACACACACACACACAAACUCACUCUCACGCCGCCAGAACAAACGUGUUUUGCCCUGCCGUUUAGAGGGACUGCAAUGUUCAACGAGGCAACAUGGGAUUAAAAGAUACAAACUGUCACACUUGUUCUUCAUCAAAGUGGAACGAAAGACCGUUUGAGCACAUAAACGAGUUUUUGUUGUUGUUGUUGUUUUUUUUGUUUUUUUUUUACCUUGAUGUCUCCUUUUUCUUUUCUAACAUCUUGGCGUUACUGUUCAAUUUUACUAGCAUCCUAAAAUAAAAGAUUGGAUUCAACAAUAAAAUAAAUACUUACA